AGGGGGUGGGGGGGUGGGGGGGGGCUCGGCCUCUCGGUGCCGCCCCCGCCCCGCCCCGCCCCGUCCCGUCCCGUCCCGGCUGCCCCCGGCGCUGUCCCCAGCGCUGUCCCCGCAGUCGCCAUGGUUGUCACGCUGGGCUACUGGGACGUCCGCGGGCUGGCCCACGCCAUCCGCCUGCUGCUGGAGUACAGCGGGACCCCCUACGAGGAGCGGCAGUACAGACUCGGGCCAGCCCCAGACUUUGACCCGAGUGACUGGACCAACGAGAAGGAGAAGCUGGGCCUCGAUUUCCCCAACCUGCCCUAUCUCAUCGAUGGCAGCACCAAGCUGACCCAGAGCAACGCCAUCCUGCGCUACAUCGCCCGCAAGCACAACAUGUGCGGGGAGACGGAGGAGGAGAAGCUGCGCGUGGACAUGCUGGAGAACCAACUGAUGGAUCUGCGCAUGAGCUUCAUCCGGCUCUGCUACAACCCUGACUUUGAGAAGCUGAAGCCAGCGUACCUGGAGCAGCUGCCAGGGAAGCUGCGGGAGCUGUCGCGGUUCCUGGGCUCCCGGGCCUGGUUUGCUGGGGAGAAGCUCACCUUCGUCGACUUUGUGGCGUACGACGUGCUAGACCAGCAGCGUAUGUUUGUCCCCGAUUGCCCUGAGCUGCAGGGCAACCUGAGCCAGUUCCUGCAGCGCUUCGAGGCUCUGGAGAAGAUCCGGGCAUACAUGCAGUCGGGGCGCUUCAUGAAGACCCCCAUCUUCUGGCCUACUGCGAAGUGGUGCAACAAGAAGGAGUGACCGAGAUGUGUGCCCCCCACAUGUGCCCCCCCCCAGCCCCCUCCCCUGCAGAAUAAAGCUGGGGGUCCGCACCCUG